CCUUUCGAUGCUCGCUUUUUUUUCAGUGUGAGACUGAUAAGAAACGCUUCUAAUUUUCUACGAAAGAUCUCUGAACAGAGAGAGCAAUUGUGAGAAAUUCAAGAAAGCAAGCAUGGGUUCCGGAUCAUUCAUCAAGGUCGUGGCCAAAAACUUCGAUGUUCUUGCUGGGCCUCUGGUGACACUUGUCUAUCCUUUGUAUGCUUCAGUAAAGGCAAUAGAAACCAAGUCUCCUAUUGAUGAUCAACAGUGGCUCACAUACUGGGUUUUGUAUUCGUUAAUUACUCUGUUUGAGCUAACUUUUGCUAAAGUCAUCGAAUGGCUUCCAUUUUGGUCAUAUGCAAAGCUGAUCUUUAACUGCUGGUUGGUCCUCCCUUACUUCAGCGGUGCUGCAUAUGUUUAUCAGCACUUUGUCAGACCAUUGUUUGUGAAUCAUCAGACAGUUAAUAUAUGGUAUGUACCACGCAAAAAGGACAUCUUCGGUAAAUCAGACAAUGCGUUACAAGCUGCAGAGAGAUACAUUGAGGAGAAUGGGCCGGAAGCAUUUGAGAAUCUCAUUAGCAAGGCUGAAAAGGCACCAAAGGCCAGGAAAGGUAAGACAAAAUCUAUCCUUGAGGAAGUGGCAGCUGAACAGGAAGCAAAAGCCUUAAACAGUAACAGUUAUUCAAUCUUUGAUGAUCUGUAUCGAUACUAAGGCAUGCCACUCCCUUCUGCUCUGGUUAAUUGUUCAAGAACUUGAAGAAUACCUGUUUCCCUGAUUUAAAAAAAGAUGUUCUGACUUGUUCUACUUUGUUGUUUUGCUACUGGAACUUGAGUGUUCAAGAGAAUAUAUAAAUAUAUAUAGUGUAAAAAAAAUUCUCUGUUUAUUGUGAUGUAUGAUCUAUGUACCAUUCUGGAACUAAUUUCUGGACACUGUUUUUGAUA